AUGGUUCGUCGACGUACCGCCUCCCCCAAGGCAAGUGCCCCAGUCCGCGCUCGAUCCCCUCAACAAUCGAGCUACUCCGCCGCUCCCCCUUCUAGACCGGCUACAACGACCGCUCCUACGCCAGCCCAUGCUCCGGGCUUUGCCGCUCCUCCUCCUCAUCCAGCCCCAUCUCAAGGGCCCGGUCUUUUCGGUCAAAUGGCCGCGACGGCCGGUGGAGUGGCGAUCGGAUCCGCGGUGGUAAGUGUGCUUUGAAUGUUCGAUGAACUUUUGCGUUUAGGGUCAUACUAUUGGAAACAUGAUGAGCGGUGGCGGGUCGAGCCACGAGGCAGCGCCCGCUCAGGCUGCUGCCCCACCCGCUUACCCCGCCCAGCUGCCUGGACAACAACCCUGCGAGAUUGAAUGGCGCCAGUUCUUGGAAUGGUUCGUUAAUUUUGAACGGCUUUAGGCUUGAUAAGUGUUCUUUCCUCCUCAGCGAAUCUCACUUUUGUAUUUAAAGACAAAUAGUAACUUAUCAAGAGUUUUUAAGGUGGUUUGCCAAAUCAAUUUAUAUUGCUUUACCUUUUCAGCAGCCAAAACCAGAGUGAUCUGAGCCUCUGCGCCAGCUACAAUGAUCUUUUCAAGCAAUGCAAGGCCCGUCUUGGAGCUUGA